UGAGCUCCAUGAAACCAGCAGCGUGAGAACACCUGUAAACCCAACAACAGCUUCAGCUGCGAUGUCUAACCCAGACUACAAUCCCUCCUCUUAAAACCCCAGUACCUGCGAGAGGACAUGUCUGCAAACCUUCCCGAAGAGGACCUCUCCUGUCCCGUGUGCUGCGAGAUCUUCCAGGAUCCGGUGCUUUUGCCGUGCAGCCACAGUUUCUGCAGGAGCUGUCUGGAGCACUUCUGGGAGAGCGUGGUCAUUCGUAGCUGCCCCGUCUGCAGGAGAAGAGCCUCCAAGAAAAGCCUGGCUUCAAACCGGGCCCUUAAAAACCUGUGUGAAGCAUUUCUACUGGGAAGAGGCCAGGGCAGCGCAUCUGGAUCGAACACCCUGUGCUGGAGACAUGGAGAAAAGCUCAAACUCUUCUGUUUGGUGGAUCAGGAGCCCAUCUGCGUGGUGUGCCAAGCCUCAAAAAUGCACAAAGGUCACGACUGCUCUCCCACGGAAGAGGCGGCUCUGGACUGUAAGGAUAAAAUGACUGCUGCUGUGAAGGUUCUGCAAUUUAAGCAGGAUAUAUUCAAUAAAGCAAGACAAUCUUCAGCUAUUACUUUGGAGCACAUUAAGAAUCAGGCCAAGCGGGUUGAGAAACAAAUGAAGGAUGAGUUUCUCAAGCUCCAUCAGUUUCUUUAUGAGGAAGAA